GGCUCAUGUGUAAAACUAAUAACUGGGGCGCGGGCUGAUGAAGGGACGGUAAAUGAAGGCGGGCCUGUACCUGGUGGUUACGAUACCUUGCUUGCCUGUGGGGAUUGCGAGCCGUCAACGUCAAGAUCUGUAGUGAAUAAAGAGCCUGCAGUCGCCUGAUUGUGGACUUCGGAACCCGGCUUUCAUCAGGUCAUCGACAAUAUGUUGAAGCUUUUCAGUGCGGCAGCCCUGCUGGGCGCAGCGUUUGCGCAGAAUUCAUCGGCUCUUCCAACCGUGGAUCUUGGGUAUGAGAUUUAUAGGGCUGCGAGUUUCAAUAACACUGGCGGCUUCUACAACUUCUCAAACAUCAGAUAUGCAGCACCACCGGUCGGUGACCUGAGGUUCGCUCCUCCUCAGGCGCCUGCAGAGAACAGAUCGUCCAUCAACACUGGUGGCCUCAACAGGAUAUGUCCUCAGGCUGGUCCAGCAUGGUCCGCGCAGGCUACUCAGUUCCUGACCAGCCUUAUUCUUGGUACUCAGUACAACACCAGCACUAACUACGUGCCACCGGGCGCAAACUCGAGCAGCCCCGUCCCAGCAGCGGACCCUCGUGAAAACGAGGACUGUCUCUUCCUGGAUGUCUUCGUACCUCAGGAUGUUUUGGCCAAGGCAGGGAAAGGCUACGGUGCUCCAGUACUUGUCUGGAUCUACGGUGGUGGUUAUACGGGCGGCAACAAGAACAACAACCCCGCUGGACUCGUUGCUGCUUCUGGCAACUCCUCGAACGGUGACGUGAUCUAUGUAUCCUUGAACUACCGCCUUGGUGCAUUCGGAUGGCAAGCCGGACCUUCGUUCCAAGCUGAGGGAGGAACAGCCAACGUCGGCCUUUACGACCAGCGCUUCGCCCUCGAAUGGGUACAGAAGAACAUUCAUCUGUUUGGAGGUGACAAGAACCGUGUUACGGUCUUUGGCGAAUCUGCUGGUGGUGGCAGUAUUAUGCACCAAAUCACCGCGUAUGGAGGACUCAAGGGCAAAGCCCCUUUCCAGCAGGCGAUCCCGCAGAGUCCUGCAUGGCAACCAGUGCAGUCUAACGUCCAGUUGGAAGACACAUACCGCAAGUUCCUGAACCUGACAAACACCACGUCGCUUGCCGAGCUUCGUGCUUUGCCUUACGAGACUGUCAGGCGCGCCAACGUACAGCAAGUCGCCUAUGAUACUGCCUGGGGUCUGUUCGCGUACGGACCCACCGUCGACGGCAACUUCGUUCCUCAACAGCCCGCACAGCUGCUUGCUCAGGGCCGAUUUGAUAAAGAUGUCAACGUAAUGGUUGGUCACAAUGCAAACGAGGGACCUCUCUUCACAGCUCCCUCUAUCCAUUCGGACGCUGCGCUUCGCAGGCAGCUGAACACUGCGUAUCCACACAUGCCCAACUCAUCGGUCGACUACAUCACCAACGUUCUCUAUCCGCCGGUCUUCAAUGGCUCAUACCCGUACACUACCCAGUACGCGCGAGCUGCUCUAAUCGUUAGCGAGGGCAUGUUCACCUGCAACACCUACUACCUUUCCAAGGCCUACAACAAUGAGACAUACUCGUAUCUGUUCGCCGUACCGCCCGCCUUCCACGGAUUCGAUAUAGCAUAUACCUACUUCACCGGCGGCGCUACUAGCCUUUUGCCUACCGGUGUGACCAAUAGCACAGUCGCAACUGCGCUGCAGGAAUUCAUCGCAAGCUUCGCGGAGGAGGGUGCGCCUGAGGCUCCCGGCGUUCCCAAGUUCGACAUGUAUGGAGAGAAUGCGAGCGUGCUGAGGCUAAACAUUACCGGUAUCGAUGAGAUCCGUGAUUCGAAUGCCAAUAAGCGUUGCGACUGGUGGCAGCUGGCACUGGUCUCGUAGAUGGUUCAGGUUUCACGAAUUGUAGACAACACCAACGCCGGGACAACAUGAUCAUAGACGACUAGUGCAAUGAUUGUAUGAGCUCUUGUGUUGCAGAGAAAGAAGUCGAGUGAUACUUAACAUUCUGAAACUGAAAGAGGGCAUUCGAAGUGUAAUGGCCUUUGUCUGGGUCCGCGGGUAGA